GCUGUCAUCUGGCAACAAAGUAUCAUCCUUCAGGCGCCUCCGACGCGCACCAUUCAUGUAAUCCGACUUCACAGCGAUCUUCUCAUCCACGGAGCUGCUCGGACGUCUUACGUGGACAUGUCGAAGAAGGCGUUCACCAAAAGGUCUUUCGUCAAAUUGUUUUCCAGGAGUGAACCCGACCUGCACGAGUCGCCGGUGAAGACAAAAACGGACGAGAAAAAGAGGUUUAAACUUCCAAAAUUGAAGAUAAAAUCCAAGGGCGGCCCCUCGUCCGAAAAGCAGCUGGUGUUCAGUCCUGCUGAACUCAGUAACAGUCCGGUGGAUGGACCUGGCCGGGCUGACAACGUGUUGGACAAGUCAAGCUCUUCUAUAUAUGCCACUGCACGCAGGUCGAAGGCCCAAGAAUUGAGCAACUCUGAGACAGAUCUCCAGAAGCCCAACAAAUUUGCCACAUUUUCCUUUGGUCUUUUUAAAAAGAAGAAAAAGAAGAAGGAAGAUAAUCUAUCAAGAAGCACCUUUGGUCUCCAUAGAUCUGACAUUGAAGAGCAGCAGGAGAAACAUGCAGACUUCAAACAGAUGGUGGAUGAUCAGGGCAGCAGAAAAGCAAUGCUCAGCGUGUCUCAGCCAGCGCUCGACACCAGCGAUAACUUUGACAUCCCUUCUCCUCCCUCUAUACAUUCAAAACUGUUAGAAUCAUACUUUGCACUCUCACAACAAACCCCUGUCACUCAUACCGCCAAACCAGGACCUCAGGAACAUCUAACAAAUCACUCAGACCUUCUUUUGCACCAUGAAGGUCAAAACUCACCAACUGCAAACAUUCCUGAUUUGCAGCAAUAUGAUCGAGUUCAAUCAGGGGAGAAAGAAACCAUUCCCGUGGGUGAAAACCAAUCCGAAAGCAAUCCUACAUCAAUCCAUACAUCUGUGUGGAUGACUUCUGCUUCUUCCGCUGCAGAGACAGCCUCUCAGCCGAACCAGCUACCUUUGCUGGAUGCUUCAGAACAAAUUCCAGAUAAAGUAGUUGAUGGCAACUUGGCCGUGACACGCAUUGAGGAUCAUGAUGUUUUCCAGCAGUCUGAUGCCGACAUCUUGAUCAGACAGCCCAGGAGUGUGCCGCUAUCCCAUGUCCUAGACACACGUGAUCGUCGAUCUCCAAAUGGUGAACCUUCCUUGACUUAUGAUGACGCUAAUGCUACUUUGCUUCCUGAGCCAGUUCCUUACACAGAAUCUGCUGAAGCCCAACAAGAGGUCAUAUUUCUUCACACUGAACAAUCCAUUCCUGAAACUGCAGAGAAUACCACCAAAACAUUGUCUAUUAGCAAUCAAAAGAUAGAUCCCCCUGUCAAUCAAGAUGUAGUUUAUGUUGCUUUGUAUGAGUCGUUAUUUCCCCGGAGUUUCACCUCUGAAAUUCUGUCUUCACUUCCAACAAGUCGUGCUGACAUCUCCCCUGAGACAAGAAAUGUUACCAAAUCCGAACCUCUCAUGGUUGAAACCCCCUCAUAUUUUCAGAAAGAAACAGAUGUUAUUUACUCCCGUCGAACAACAAGUGUCACCAGUAGAAAUGAUUCUUUCAGUGCUCACAAUGACCUGCCCUCCCACCAGAGGUUUUACUCUUACAAUACUCUUACUUCUGCUGAGGCUCAAAUAAAUUCUGAGAUCCCCGGCAGCUAUCUACCUUCCUCUUCCCAUUCCUCUACCUAUUCUUAUUCUGAACAACCUGAUGAGAGUCCUUAUUCAGUCCACGUCGACGGAGGCAACAGCCUCAGUCUUUAUGAAAAGGCACUCUCUUCAAUCCCUCUGGCUUCAAACUCUGCCCCUCCUCUUUCUGACUAUGUCACAUCCCGAGGGAUGGACACUCAGGUUACAGACUCCAAACAGAGGGUGAUCCUAGUAAAAGAGGUCGUUGCCGACGGGAAGAAUGGUGAUUCUGGGCUUUCCUCUUCUAAACCAAAUGAAAUGACUACAGACAUAGGUCUGAAGAUAAAAAUGGAUGCAGCAGAUAAAGAGUUUGGUUCUUUCCCUCCUCCUGGACUCACAGAGCCUUCUCCCAUGCCAUGUAGCCCAGUGUAUCUGAGCGUAGGAUCAGAUGAUGGGAGCACCAUGGACAUCUAUUUCAGCGCAGAGGAGGACAACAUGGAUAGUUUGGACGAGCAGACACACAUUAUGGACAAGAUAGAAGAAAGUUUGGUGGGUCCCUCUGAGGUCACCAACUUCCAGAGGUUUUCACUAAAAAAAGAACAUUUUGAGCUUCUUAAUACGGCGAUUGAGGGAAGCAAAAUAGCCAACAACGAAUUGCAAGAGCGUAUUUAUCUCCAAGAUGAUAUGCAACAAUUAUUAAGACGUCGGGGAGAAGAAUUUCAAGGGCCGGUAACUGGCAGAACUGAGUUUCUUAAAGUUGAAGAUGGAAGUAUUGAGGAGAUAGAUUGUGUCACCAAGGUACUGCCAAAGAUAAAAGAAGAGGAGUUUCUGGUCACACCGGUUCUGCAAGUGAAUACACCGCUGGUAUGCGAGUUUGCUGCACCCUCCAGUAACCUCCAGGGGGAGGGGACUGAUGAAACCUGGAUUAAUGUCAAUGAAACAGCAAGGAACCUUAAUGAAGAGCUCUUAAGUCAUGAAAUAUACUAUCUGCAAGAUGGAGAUGCGCAAAGUCCCAAAUAUUUGCCUCAGAACAACACAAGACUGGAAGUUGAAGACCUGAGCACACGUGAAGUUAGAGAGGCAGAAGAGAAACUUUUACCGAUUGCAGACCCAAUAGGAGAAGAGAGCCCGGAGCAUGCAGAUACAAAAAUCAAAACGACAAAAUGUGCCAAUACAGAGAGCUUUGGUGUAGCAGACGCGGCCACACGCCUCUUAAUGGACAACGCUGAGCUGCAAUCAGAUUCCACAACAAUUGAAUGCAAUAGGCAUCCGCAGCAGACUGAGUGGGUGGAUACAAUUGCUGAGAACGCAGGAAACGGCGCACAGCAAGAGCAGGUGGCAGUUGAGCUGCCAGACCUUAAAGCAGACACACACCAUCCUCCUAACGACGCCACAAAGGAACUCUUUUGGAGACAGGAGCGGCUCCCAGAAGUCCAAGCUGCUCUUAAACAGCGGUCUUCCACAGUAGCUUCUGAAGCCUUUAAUGUAAACUAUCCCAAGACAAACGCUGACCAAGAAUCAGAUGACAAAAUGAAUCCAGGCUACAGCAGCCUGAGCACCGCCCUCUCCAUGAAAAAUUCGCCUCCGGAUAAACUGGAUGAAUCAAGAUACCGAUUCCGUAAAGUAUCCCUGGUGCAUCCGACUGACAAUGCGACCCAACAGGAUGCAGUGGAUUUCAGCAGAAUGGAGUCAAAUGGAAUGACCCUUUCCACAGACCAUAGCUGGACACACUCAUUCGAUGGUGCAUCCAGAUUUAUGCCUAAAGAGGAGCCAUUAUUUUCUGAUAGUCCGAGUUACAGACUAUAUGACACCUCCUCUAGCACUUACUCCACCUCUUUUCUCCCUGAGGCCACGUCGUACAGCUACAACAGCCAAAGCGAGCUGGGAAGCUCGCCAACAGACUACACAGACGCAUCCUGUUUUACCGGAGUGUUUAAGGCCACGCUCGUGGAGCUCGACGACCUAGCGGCUCCCGCCUCCUCACCCCCGGCCUCGCCUGACCAGUUCGAGAUGGACAACCUGAAGGAUACCCUGAAGAACAUGGGGCCCUCAUUAAGGCCGAGAAGCAUCAGUUUGCGCGGGCUGGCCCCGGCCCCCGUCUCCGCCUUGGCCCCUAUUGUUGAAGAUGCCCCCACCCCCAUCACUGCUGACGUCGUAAGUCUUACAAAGAGGAUGGAGGCUAGCGCUGCUGAGGCCCAAAAUGGAGUUUUUACACUACCUACUGAUCUGGGCUUGAAGAGAAACCUCACCAGAGACACACGCUCACCCAUGGAGUUAAUGAAGAAGAAGGAGCAGCCUGGAGCAAGCGACAUGCCCCUCAGAUUAUCUGCUACCAGCAGCAUUCUCAUGAGGAAAUCCUCCGAUUCUUCAGAUGAACAUAAAUCGCUCAAUGGAAACGGAACGCAGCAGUCGCCCACAAACUCCCGUCUGGAAAACAGCGUCAUCUUUGGAAGUUACAGGCCCUCCACCUUGGAUCAAAGGCAGGAAAACGGCAAGAUCCAUCGCUCGGUGUUCCGCAGCGGUUCGCUACCAGAUUUGGGCUCUUCCAAUAUUUUAAAGGAGGUCAGCGAAGUCAACACCACGACAGACUCAACAUCUCGCUUUGAACGUUUAUCUUUUCUCCGGAACUCUUCGCCCUCCUCGUCAAGCUUCUCAACCGGAGCUGAUGACCUCACUACUCGCAAGAGUCUUCUCCCGCUACAAAACAUCACCUCGUCAGCCUCCAGUAGCAGCUCCUCUCGCCUUCUCAGCCCCACCAGUUCUUUGGAGAAUUACCGACUGUUCCCUACCACAGAGUCCUCCUUCUACUCAGAGUUUGGCCAGACAGUGAGCCAGGGGACUGGUACAAGUACACUCAGUACCCCUGUUCUGCAGAGGAGCUUCAGUCAUGAUUCCAUUUCAGCAGGAACCCAACAGAAUUUGCUGAUCAACAACAACCUGCUCAGAGGGUCUCAUGUCCAAAAAACUGAGCCAGAGAGGAUUGUAAAAUACAGAGCCUUCCCUGAUGCUUACCUCACGAAAGAAAAGGAACAUGGAAAGCUCAACCCUCGUCCCGGAAAGAUGUAUAUUUUUGACCGGCCAGGGAUGUGUGGCCAGCGGAUCGAGCUUCGCAGUGAUGUUGUUGACGCCACGUCUUGGGAGCUGCAGGAGACUAUCUCCAUCAGGGUGCUCAGAGGAGGAUGGGUGCUGUAUGAGAAGCGCAACUUUAAAGGAGAGAAGAUCGCCCUAGAUGAGGGAGAUAUCGAGCUCACCUGCCCUUUUCAGAAAACGGAGGAGGAGGGGGAGCAGCAGAUGAAUGGACAGAAAGUCGCUGAAGAGCAGGAGGGUGAAACGAAUGGAGAAACAAACGAGGGACAGAUGAAAACGAAACCAGCCAGGGGUUUCAUCAUUGGUUCUGUUCGAAGAGCAGUGAGGGACUACAGUGUCCCUGAAAUCAGUCUCUUCCCAGAGGAGAACGCUGAGGGCAAGAAGGUCAUCUUCAGAGAUACAUCAGAAGACGCUAGAAUUUUUGGAUUCCCCAUCAAGGCUAACUCUAUUAUCAUUAAUGCUGGGCUGUGGCUCGUAUUUGCAAAGCCGUUCUUCGAGGGCGUACCGCGCGUGUUGGAGGUCGGGGGAUAUUCCAAUCCUGCAUCCUGGGGUGUGGAACAGCCAUAUGUGGGAUCAUUGCAUCCACUCAAAGUUGGGGAACCAAGAGUGGAAAAUAUAAGUGAACCAAAGAUUGAGAUUUACGAAAGGUCGUACUUCACUGGCAAAUCAAGGAUCCUCACCACGAACAUGAAAGAUUUCAUGACAAGAGUAGACAGGCAGCAGGGUGCCUUCAUGUACAGUGUGGGCUCCCUCAAAGUGCACGGAGGAAUCUGGGUGGGCUAUGAGAAGGAGGGAUUUCGAGGAAACCAGUACCUGCUGGAGGAGGACGAGUACCACGACUGGAGAGUUUGGGGAGGCUCAAACUCGGAGCUACGCUCCGUUAGGGUCCUACAAGCUGACUUGAGCGAACCCUUAAUGGUGAUGUUCGAGCAGCCGGAGGAUGAGGAGGGUGCCCCCGCCCAAGAGGAGAACACCUUCGAGGUGACCGAGGCCAUUCCAGAUGUUGAGCUGUUUGACUACAAGAUUAACACCCGUUCCAUCCAAGUAUUCAGUGGCGUGUGGGUAGCCUACUCCCAUGUGGACUUUUCUGGUAACCAGUACAUCUUGGAGAAAGGCUUCUAUCGUAAUUGUGCCGACUGGGGUUCCCGUGACACUCGCAUCUGUUCUGUGCAGCCAGUUCGUUUGGCUCCAACUGAUGGUAACAGGACCAGGAAUGAGAUACUAUUGUACUCAGAGCCAGAAUACAAGGGAAAGUGCCUUAUUUUCAACUAUAAACAGGAUGCCAUAACAGAAGAAUUCCAGACCAAGUCCUGCAGAAUUGUUGGAGGAAGCUGGGUUCUCUAUGAGAAUAAAGACUUCACAGGGACCAUGUAUGUCUUAUCAGAAGGACGCUAUAGCACAUUAAUAAGCAUGGGCUGCACACCGAGCACUUUCAUCCGCUCCGUCAAGGCUGUGACACUGAGCUUCUCAGUUCCCUCCAUCUCCUUGUUUGGACUGGAAGGUCUCGAGGGAAGGGAGAUCACAACAGACUCUGAGCUUGUCAGCAUGGUGGCGGAGGGCUUCAAUGACCACAUUCUCUCAGUCAGAGUUAACAGUGGCUACUGGGUGCUAUGUGAAUUCAGCCACUAUAGGGGGCGCCAGUUCCUUUUGGAGCCUAUCGAAAUUACUAACUGGCCCAAGUUCAGCUCUGUGCAGACUGUUGGCUCACUGUAUCCUGUCCGACAGAAGCGCCACUUUUUCCGCAUCAGAAAUACAGACAGCCAGCACUACAUGUCCAUCCAGGGUGGGGUGGAGGAGAUAAAAUCUGGACGGGUGGUGGUCACACCAGAUGUGGAGCCCAUGAGUGACAUAUGGUUCUAUCAGGAUGGACUAAUCAAGAAUAAGCUUUCCCCAACCAUGAGCCUUCAAGUGAUGGGCAAUAUUGAGCCAGCAGCCAAAUUGGUUUUAUGGAGCGAGACCCGGCAGCCUUCUCAGACUUGGAUGGCCCAGAUGAGAGGACAACUCCGCAGCAUUACUUUCCCUGGAAUGGUCAUUGAUGUCAAAGGUGGCCAAAGCUAUGACAAGGAGCAUGUGGUGAUUAUGCCGGAGAGUGACGAGAGGUUAAGUCAACAUUGGGAGAUUGUAAUGAUUAAUUAAGCCGUCAUAGACAUCUUGCUCACUUCGGCAAAGUUUCCUAUCACAUUAUCAGGAUAUUGCCCCAAAUUGUUAGAACCAGAAACUAUCCUGUGCAUAACUGCCUUAUUAAAUUAACCCAUAACUCAUUGUCUUCAUCAUAUAGACAACAUAUAAGGUUACAAGGCUCCUCCAACAAUAUUCUAUAUUUGUUAUGUAUUAUACAGAGUAUAGGAAGAUUCAUUCACGCAUAUUUUGUGGAGGUAAAACUCUGACCCACUUUUUCGAUGCUUGCCGUUUACAAUCGCACACUCCAUUUUUUUUAUUUAAAUAUAGAGUCAACUAAUGCUUAAAAUGGACAAUUCAUGAAAAUCGCCAAAGAAUGUAUGGUAUGCAAAGAUAUUUUAAAGCUAUUUUUAUAAUGUAUUGAAUGUUUAGGGUGUUCCUCUUCUCUAUGGAGUAUAUUGUAUGUCAGUGUGUGGGAUGCGAAUAUCUGUUUCUAGUCAUUUUUGUGAAAUUGUUAUAAAAAAAAAUAUAUAUAGAGCGAGAGAGAAAGAAGUAAAUGAUACCUGCAUAAACUGUAUGUUGGUGUUUGAUACUAAAGUCAUAAUAUAUUAAAGAGGGUGUGGUUUUAAAAUGCUAAUAAAAUAUAAACACUGUCAAAGCAAAAAAA